AUGGGGUUAUCAUUUUCGUGCCCCUUCACUGCUUAUACAGAUUUAGAGAAAGUUUCAAGGUCCAUCGCCAUCGGUUUAGAGGACGAUGAAGUUAAAAGUUUGAUGCAAUCUAAUAGUUUCAGAAACCAAGAUUCUGAAACAACUGUAAUUCAGUCAAUGGGGACUGAGAAUUUGAGGAUCGAAAGAUCUGUUAUCUUUGAAGUUCCUUUGGCUGAAGAAACAGGAAUAGAUUAUGCCAAAAUGAAGGAAAUGUGUACUGGAUUUCCGGGAUUCGACAAUGUGAUGGAUGAAUUCACGAAAACGUCCAUUUUUGAUCCAGGGAGCCCCGAACAUGAAGCAGCCAUAAAGUUACAAAAAGUGUAUAAAAGCUUUCGAACCAGAAGAAAGCUGGCAGAUUGUGCGGUCCAAAUCGAACAAAGCUUGUGGAAGCUCUUAGAUUUUGCAGAACUGAAAAGGAGUUCCAUAUCGUUUUUCAAUCUAGACAAGCAAGAAACUGCCUUUUCACGUUGGUCGAGAGCUAGAACAAGGGCUGCCAAGGUUGGGAAAGGCUUAUCCAAAAACAGCAAAGCACAAAAACUUGCUUUGCAACACUGGCUUGAGGCGAUUGAUCCAAGACAUCGAUAUGGGCACAAUCUUCACUUCUAUUAUGGAAAAUGGUUGCUCUCUCAAAGCAAAGAACCCUUUUUCUACUGGUUGGAUAUAGGAGAAGGGAAAGAAAUAAAUCUUGUCGAAAAAUGCCCAAGAUCAAAACUUCAGCAGCAAUGCAUCAAAUACCUUGGCCCAAUAGAGAGGAAGGCAUAUGAAGUUGUGAUGGAAGACGGAAAGCUAUUGUUCAAACAAACUGGGGAGUUCCUUGAUACUACCGGUGAACCGAAAGGUGCUAAGUGGAUAUUUGUCCUUAGUACGUCAAAGAUUUUAUACGUUGGAGUAAAGAAGAAAGGGUCGUUUCAACACUCGAGUUUUCUGGCCGGUGGAGCCACAUUGGCCGCCGGGAGAAUCGUUGCUGAGAAAGGAACGAUAAAGGCAAUCUGGCCUCAUAGCGGCCAUUAUCGUCCUACUCAAGAAAAUUUUCAAGAUUUCAUUUCAUUUCUCCAGGAGAAUAAUGUGGAUACAACUUAUGUUAAGAUGGAUUCGGACGAUGAUAAGGAGCUUUUUGGCAGUCAUAUAAGAACUCACUCAUCAGAAGAAGAUAUGAGCGAAAAAGAGCGUCCUCAAAACAUCAACGACCCCUCGUCCGACAACACGAAUGUUAUAAAACAACAUGCUGGUUUUCCAUCGGAAUCACCAAUGAAUCCGAAACUCUUCCAUAAGAAUCUAAGUACCCUUGAAAUACCAAACAGUAGUGAUGAUACUUUAUCUUCAUCUUGUUCGAAAGAUUUCGGUCUUGAGACAAUCUUGGAUGGUUACGAAGCAGCAGAAGACGCGUUUGAUACCCACAAAGCUAAUUACGUUCCGUCAGCACAUGAACUAUCGGACGAUGAAGACGAGCCAUGUGUCCUUGAAAGGAUCAAAUCACAUAAAGAACCAAAUUCUUGUUUUCAGUUGGGAAGACAGUUAUCUUGCAAAUGGAGCACGGGAGCUGGACCUCGAAUCGGUUGUUUGAGAGACUACCCGACAGAACUACAAUCGCAGGCGUUGGAAGAAGCCAAUCUGUCGCCAAGAAGCGCUCCGAGCUGCAGCCUCAGAUAUACGAACACGGUGUUGUGCACGAGCCCUCUAUCGUUCGAAAACCGGAGUCUGCUGCGAAGAAAUAAUCGUCCUUAUCGGACACAAUCGACCCCGUUAAAUAUGGGGUGGAUGAACGAAAAGCAAUCAAGAAAUACAAGAUUGUUUGAUUAAAAUUGAUUAAUUUUUUGAAGUUAGGCAU